AUCUACAAUUUGUUUAGGAUGGAGACUAGCAAUCGAGGAAGAGGUAAAAAUAAAAGGUAUUGGACGUAUGAAGAAGAUGCGGUUCUAAUAAGAUAUUUGCAUGAGUUGAGUUGCGAUCCGAAGUGGAAGUGUGAGAAUGGGUUUAAGAAUGGUUACAUGAAUAAGUUGGAAGAGAUGAUCAAUGGUGUAUUUCCUAAUUGUGGCUUGAGAGCGGUUCCUCACAUUGAGUCGAGGAUCAAGCAUUGGUCGGAGAGAUAUAGUGCAUUUGCAGAAAUGCUAUCCACCUCAGGAUUUGGAUGGGAUGCUGAAAAGAAAUUGUUGCAAGUAGACAAGGCCGUGUACGAUGAAUGGGUGAAGACUCAUAAGAAAGCUAAGGGGUUGUUUGGAGUUCCAUUCGUUCAUUAUGAAACUCUAGCAGAAAUAUAUGCAAAAGACAAAGCUACCGGAGAUGUAAGUGAGUCAUUCGUUGAUGCCAUAGAAGGUAUUGAUCAAGAGAUUGAUAAGCAACCAUUGAUUUUCGAGAGUGAUGAAGAAGAUGAUGUGAAUUCUACUAAUUCGGACACUUAUUCUUCUACAAGUCAAUCCGGAAAACGCCCCGUGAAGAUAGAGGAUGAUCAUAUAACUCCUUCAAAAAUGGAAAAAGUGAAGGCUUCUACAAUUCAUUCUUCUGCAAGUGAUUCUACUACUCAAUUUGGAAAACUCUCUAUAAAGGCGAAGGAGGUUAAGGUGAAAAGAAAGAACAAGGUAAAUUUGAAGAGUUUGUGUAGGAAUGAUGAUGAUGAUUUGGUGGUCUCCCUCCAUGAUGUUUCCAACAAUUUUGGGAAGAUAUUUGAAAAUAUCAAUGUUAAUCUUGGGACAAUGGCUAAUGAAUGGUCUAAAGCGGAAGAAAGGGAGCAAAGGAUGGAUGAAAAGGUGAACAAGGUAUUGGACGAGGUGAUGAAGUUAGAUGGCAUUUCUCCAUCCGAAGCUUUAGAGGUUGCUACUAUUCUCAUGGAAGAAGAACAUAAGCUUCAUAUCUUCUAUCAAGCACCAUUUAACAUGAAAAAACAAUAUGCAAUUAAUCUUCUUAAGAAGUAG